UCCCGCACGCAACGGUCUGAGCAAUGAGGUGCCAAGUGGAGCGGGGAGGAUGAGGAUUAAUCCUCUAAAAACGCAGUAGCUUGGGAAAAAAAUGACUUUACUUGCGAUGUUCUGGAUCUUAUUAGUUUGUUUAUCAGGUUUGUCAGUGCGGAUGUGCGGCAGUGUGCAGGUCACCAUACAUGACAAGAGGAAGUACGCCAUGCUCUUCCAGUCAGUAGUCCUGCCAUGCCAGUACUCCAGCGCCUCCAGUCAGACGCCUGUGGUUCAGUGGUGGUACAAGUCUUACUGCCAUGACCGCACCUAUGACGCCUUCAGCUUCCACAAGAGCCUGGGGCUGCAUGCCUCAGAGCUGGGCCCCACCUCCCACCUGGACUGCUCUGACAGCAGCCGAACAGUCCGGAUCGUGGCCUCGGGACAAGGCCACUCCCUGACCCUGUCUGAGUACUACAAGGGACGAGACAUCUCCAUCAUCAACAAAGCUGACCUGCACAUCGGCCAGCUGCGAUGGGGCGACAGUGGCAUGUACUACUGCAAGGUGGUUAUCUCAGAUGAUCUGGAGGGCCAGAACGAGGACCAUGUGGAGCUGCUGGUGCUGGGUCAGGUAGGUCCAGUGGACGAUCUCCUGCCUGGGUUUGAUAUGGAUGUUAUGCCAGAGUGGCUCUUCGUGGCCGUGGUUCUGCUGGGAGGCCUGGCCCUGAUCUUGCUGGUGGGCAUCUGCUGGUGCCAGUGUUGCCCUCACUCCUGCUGCUGUUACGUGCGCUGCUGCUGCUGCCCCGACACGUGCUGCUGCCCACGGCAUCUGUACGAGGCAGGAAAGGUCGCAAAGAGCAUGGCGUCGGCGUCACUACCCAUGCACCCCGCGUUCUACAUGCCCAACGUCCCCACGAUGGUUUCCAUCGCACCCCCAUCUCUCAUCGAAUCCAAGAUGGCGCCCACUCCCUCCCUGGAGAACAACAUGCCCACGGAUUUCAGGGGCUAUCGAUUGCCGACCAAUAAGGAGCAGGACUCCUUGAAUGUUCUGUAUCAUGUAGAGAAGGAGCUUGCCCAAUUUGACCCUGCGAAGAGGUCCUGUAAUCAAUCCUGCAGCAUGUCGGAGCUCAGCUCCCUCCAUGACGGCGAGCCCCCUUUUCGGCAGACCUAUCGACAGGUCCAGAAGGCGGCCCUGCCCCCUGUCGCUGGCAGUCGCGACCGCCUAGACCUCCAGGAUACCAUGACCUCCCAGGCCUUGCAACCGAACCACACCUUUAACCGCAGCCGCUGGCCAGAGGACCAGCACCAAGCCAGGUGGAAGCCUGCCUCAGAGCACCUGCAGAGGAAGACGUUUGGUGCCCGGGGGAGGACAGGCUCUCUCGACGAACUGGAGGAGUUCGCUCUAUCCUAUGACCAACGCAGACGACGGGGGGCGUCCCGAGAGCUGGAGCGGGACCACGAGCCGGAGCCACGGAGCCGAAAGCUGCACCACCCCCAGGGGGAAGAGGAGCAGCUCCAGCGCAUAGAGAAGCCCCCAGACUCCUGGAUGGAGAGGAACCAGAUCCCCUCACAUAGGAAGAAUCAGGAGCAAGACUGGGAACGAAGGGGGAACGGCCACAGCCCCCCUCCGUCGCCCAAGAAGCGCCGAGACAUAGGGAAUGGCGACCUCCGGCGUUCCCGCCGCGGCCGAGAAUACAACGAUGCCUACCUGAGCAGCCUGCUGGAGCGCAAGGCACGGCAUGCGCGUGCGGGGCGCGCCGAGGACGACAGCGGCCAGAGCGACACGCCCUCCAGGGGCAGCUCCAAGAAGAGCAGUAGCUGCUACCACAGCCAGUCGCCCAGCAACCGGCCCGACGAGGAAGACGAGGACGCUGGGGAUGAGGAUUUGCCUCCCCCUUAUUCGGAACGGAGCGCAGACCCUGCCAUGAGGCCUUUCUCAUAUGGCCGCCCCAACCCUGGCCUGAAGCGGCCCCCACACGAGCGCAGGGACGAGCGGGAGAAGCUCCGCAAAGUGAACACUCUCCUUAGCAGAGACUCUCUCGUAGUGUGAAGGACUCAGAUGCUGGUGAUCAGAGCAAGCACUCGCGGCACAGGCAGCAGACAGGACGGGUCCCACAGGCCUCUCAAGACCCAGGCGGCACUACUGUUACGAUCGGGGGGGGGGGGGGGGGAGGAGGGCUGGUGGAUGGCAGUCCCUCUAAGAACCGGGUCACUCAGGGAAGCCUUCCUCCAAUCCCAAGCUGCAGACACUCGUCUUCAGCUCAGGUGGCUGGUCCUGUGUUUGUACAGUGUAUGUAUAUGUCUAUGUGUGCAUGACUGUAUGUCUUUGUGUCUGUACAUGUACAUGCAUGCAUGCCUGCGGCAAAAACAUAGGCCCCUCAGUUCCGUCCCUCUGACUCUCAUGGCUUUUGUUACUGUUCAGCACUGAAUGCCGUAACUCUUCAACACUAACCAUGAUGGGAAUGGCGCCACCCUAUGGCUAGUCUUCCAAAUACGCAUUGUUACAACUUGGUCAUUAUGGAGUAACCAACGCCAAGACUGCAGGAGGCACCACAAUGGAACGGCUGCAGGAAACACAGUGUCUUUAGACUGGACAGGUGGUUUUGUAUAGGCAUUUGAUGCUGUUUGACGUUGACAUUUUCUGAAAACUACAUUGUGCAUCAAAGAGGGUCACCCUGAAACCACUGAAAAGAAAUAUCAGCACCCUGAAGCCUCCAAACAACAACCUGAAGAUGCUGCUGUUUCAUAUGAAUGAUGUUUGUUCAUUUUUUCCUGUUAACUGACCUCCAGUCCUCAGCUGAGAUGGAUGUAAAUUAUGAAACGAGCUGAGUGUUUAUUUUAGAUAAGUUUCCUGUGCUGUGUAAAUUGCUGUGUUUUUAAUCACUACCCUUAUCAGUUUAAACCAUGUAGUGCACAUGUAAGGCCACAGACAGUGUAAACCCACCUUAAAUGAUCAAAGUACUGUAUUUGUUUGUACUGCUCUCUGUGAAUGGGUGCCCUCUUACACACGCUGGCUUUAUCUUGCUUUGGAGCUGCGGUUUGAGCACCUAAGAGGCUAGACUGGUGUUUAGGUGAUUGGAGUCCCUACAAGGAGCUUGAAGGACUGGGUCUGUGCAGGAUGCUGUGGAGAACCACGUGAUACGGGAACAAGGGGAGAACCAGGGACUUUUUGUUGGGCCUGGGAGUAGAGUCGGAUCAACUCUAGGGAGGACAAAAGACAGCUGUUCUGAUCAGUAAAAUGAAACAGAUCUUGGGGGAGACCAUAGCUGGUGUUUCUACAUAUAGGUAUGACUGUAGAUUAGCCUAUGAGUUUUAUGCAACAAGAGUAUUGGACCUGAUCCUAACCAAACUUUCUUUGGUAGAGUUCCAGUUGUUCAAAUAGGUAAAACGGUAAGCUUCCCUUCAGAUAUGAGUCACCUUUUCUAAAGGAAACAAGUAAUUUGCUGAGUGUGCAGCCCUAUAUGCGACCAGGACAGAGACUUAAUAGGCUUACUGUCAUGACUCCUAGCUUGACGGUGGUCUUUCAGUCCUGCGGAGCGCUGGAGGUUAGCCAGCUCUCUGCCAGAGAGGGUUUCAUUCCGGAUGAGUCAUGAGCAAAAGGCCAUUGUGCAUUGUAUCCUCGCAAUCCGUGUGACUGUCUGAGAUGUUCACGGAGAAACUGGGGUUUGCGUGAACACGUACGGCGGAGUACAGUACAAUCCGCGACAAAUACACAACACGUAAUUUAGUGAGAACGGAUAUGAACGUAGGUAGACAAAUUUACUAAUGCAGACUUUUCAUGGACGUAUUGUUAAAAAAGUUUAAUGGUUGUAACAAUCUCUUAAUAAAAACUAAAUACCUGAAAUUCCCCAUGUACCCCUUUGCUGAUUAGCUGCUGCAAUUCAAAAUGCAUGCAGGCAGCCCAACACACCCACGUCUAUAUACACCUACACCGGGUACCUAAUAACUUAGUUCAAAAAUAGGUGUGGUAUUGUGUGCGUCUGGUCCAAAGGCAGGGAGGGAUUAAUUAACCGUAGUAUAGACUUCAUACCGAAACUUCGGGAUUAUGAGUUGAUUACGAAACUCUCAUUCCUGUGUUGCCAUGGAAUUACAUAAUGCAAUGUCAGAUUCGUCUUUUUUACGUUUUUUUUAUUUUGCGGUACAACAUGUUGUUUCCAUGUGUUCUCUGUGACUAUAGCUGUUGUCUGUAGAUUUGUACCAUAUGCGGUUUUAUAAGAAUAAAAAACAAUAACGUGUA